GAGCGGGUUUGUUUUUCAACGUUCCUUCAUCGUGGACGAAUUCUAGACUAAAUAGGUGAAUAAAACCAGAGAGAAAAAGGCUAUUUUGACAAUAAUAAUACCACUACUACAAGUCUACUAAGAAUGUCUAAAUUACAGUCUUUGAAUUCGUUUCUUUCUGAGUGUUUAACGGCGGCGGCAGUGGAGAUUUUGGGGGCAGUUGAGAAAGUCGUAACUGAGUACCAGGAGGAGAUCUCACGAUCUAAAGAGGAGAAUGAUCGUCUACGGAGACAGCUGCGGAUUACACCAGAGAUAAAACUAUGUAGCACAGACUCCCAGCAGUUCUCUCUCCUUGUCUCUGAAGAGGAGGUUCCCCCUGAGCAACAACACUGUGAGCAGGAGUGGUACCCUAGUCUGGGACAGGAGGAACCAGGGCCCACACAGAUUAAAGAGGAACAGGAGGAACUGAGGACCAGCCAGGAGGAAGAGCAGUUUCAAGGGCUGGAGGGUAAUACCAUAGAGUUUAUAUUUAGUUCUCCCUGUGUGAAAAGUGAAUGGGAUCACGAAGCCGUCAGCCACAGCUCAGCCGUAAUUAGUGACCAAGUAAACAGUCCACCAUUGAAUCCCGAACCACCAUACUGUUCUAAACUCAGCACCAUGUCUAAAAAAUCUCACUGCUGCUGUGACUGCGGCAAAGUAUUUGCUCUGAAAGCUGAACUUCAGAGUCAUGUGACUCUCGCCAGGGAAAGACCCAUUGAAUGCCCCUUCAACUCCACCAGUAAACUGAAGGCCCAUGUCCCACUCUGUCAUGGUGGGAACCCCUGCCUUGUUUGUGGCAAGACCUUUAAAAACAAAGAACGUCUAUCCCAGCACAUGAUGAUUCAUACACGGGAGAGGCCAUUUAGCUGUGGUGACUGUGGAAAAUGCUUCUAUAGCAAGGGGCUGCUGAACGUGCAUAUACAGACUCAUAAAGAAGAGAAACCAUUUAGCUGUGGAUACUGCGGGAAAAGCUUCUAUCGGAAGGGGAACCUAACCCAACAUGUACGUACUCACACAGGAGAGAAACCAUUUAGCUGUGGUAACUGCGGGAAAAAAUUCAGUCGAAAAACACACCUGAACAGGCAUAUACUGACUCACACAGGUGAGAAACAGCAUGGCUGUUCUGUGUGUGGUAGAAGAUUCACUGAGAAUGCUGACCUGCUGAAACAUGUUGAUAAAGUCCACAAAUAACAAAAACAGGACCAACACAGAAUGGAGAAAGAAAAUGAGGACACAGACAUCUUCUGUCAGAAGAUGGGACUAAAAAGGCAGGAUGUGGACAAAACUCUUAUUUUUACAUUUGACAUUUAAGUCAUUUAGCGGACGCUCUUAUCCAGAGCGACUUACAGUUAGUGAG